AUGGCAUGCGACACAGUCUCUCGUUCUUGUGUCAAUACCGCUUCCCACAAUCCUCAUUUCCCCCCUGCCCCCUUCAGUGCAGCUACGAUCUCUUCCCGAGCUCAUGACAUUACCGACCCAUCUUCUACCCUUGCGUUGAGGUUGCUCGCUCCUGACAGCUCUAUUUUGGAGGAUCACAGGAAGCAUCAAAACCAGAAUCAUAGCCAAAGGCCUACAAUUGGCCCGCCAGUUGGUUCAGCAGUCAUGUCACAUCAUUAUCAGCACCAUGACGAGGACCAAGAGUACACAUACGGCAGAAACAAUCAAUACAAUUUUUCGCAACCUUCCUUCAACCAGUCUUAUUCGAACCAUCAGGUUCUAGCACCAUACAAUCAUCAUUCCACAGAGACGGCCUCCAUUGCCCCAUCCUACUCCUCACAGCAAGCAAUAUAUACGCAAGCUCCGCAACACUCCUCUCUCAUCACCCAUUCGUCGUCUACGGGGUAUCAGUGCCAUCCUCAAUAUAUGUCACAGCCCAGGUUUCCAGCACCACAUCGCCUAUUCCCUAUGCAUGAACCGUUUUGGGAGGUGGAGAUUGAAGCCCAGGAAUCAUGCAACGAACAAACGGUUUUAUCAGAACCUGUUAUCCCAGCUUUGGAAGGGUUCCCAGAUGUCCGAGAAUUUGACCAACUCAUGAAGAGGUUCUCAAGUUCAUCCAGUUCAACUCCAUGGAAGCUAAUUGGGUUGAACAGUUACGUUGAUGACCUUUCCGUCAAAAAGCAAGAUAAAGCAUUGAUUCACUCAAGGAGAGCACGAAACAUCAAAAUUGUGCUUACUGAUCCCAAGGAUAUUGCAAUUGAGUCUGCCCAAUUUAGGUUUUGGGUGAAGAAAAUGUUCACACUUGUGCCCAAGGACAACAACAUUCCUAUG